AUGCCAUUGUGGCACGGAGUGGCUGAACUAAUUAAAUUUCUACAGAUUUUAAUGAUAAACACACCGCAGACAUCCCAUAGCGAGUAUCAUUUAGAAGAGGCAAUCCAUAAAGAGAAACCCAGGGCAAGAUGGCUUUCGUGUGAAUUUUUUAUCUACUAUGCCCUUAUACUGUUUGCCGCCUAUAAGAUAACAUUUUCAGGAUGGAAAGUGUCAUCUCCCAUUAGCAAUCCAAAUUUUGACAAACUGGAGCAUCUGCUUAGUAGAGGGUGGAUGGGCCCAUUUGUGGACAAUUCUGACGCCCAAUUUGCAGCGUUUCGAAACAACUUUUUGAAUUUGACUCUAAUGAUGGGCAUUUUUUGCCUCUUAUCUUUAGGGCUAAAGGCUCUGAAGAGGGAAUCUUACUUGUUUCUUGCAGGACUGGUUGUCUUAUUGGCUCUACAUGGUCUCAAUUCUGUGUUUAUCAUUUCGUUCAUGCUCGUUAACUACUAUAUAACCUUUCUUGGCCAAAGGUAUUUUCCCAAAUUAAUUCCCAUUCUUACGUGGAGUUGGGCUCUUCUCUCUUUGGUUGGUUUGGAGUGGAUAGGGAAUCAGAUAUCAUUCACAAAUCUUUCUUGGGGAUAUCUGUCUUUUUUGGAUAGAAAUAUUUUCAAGGGAGCAUAUCAUCGAUGGUGGAUUAUCUACAAUAUCUCCGUCUUGCGAAUGAUUUCCUUCAAUUUAGACUAUUACUAUGCAUUGAUUAGCCCCAGAGCUACCUCUUCGCAAACUUCGAUCGCUAAUAUGAAGCAUAUUCGUUCGUGUGCAGAGUGUCAAGAAUCUCUUUCUUAUUGUGGUAAAAUUCGUUCCACCACGAGCCUCGAGCUGGAUAGCUACAAUGUGUGCAACUACUUUUCCUAUUUGCUGUACACACCACUUUUUCUGUCUGGACCAAUUAUCACCUUCAACAAUUUUUGUUGUCAACUGAAGGCGCCCAUUUUGAUUUCAUCGAAGUACAAAGCAUGGUACUUGAUUCGGCUCUUAAUCUCAAUUUUGGUUAUGGAAUGGAUUAUGCAUAAUUUUUAUGUUGUUGCUAUAAAAAACAUGCGCGCUUGGGAUGGGUUUUCUACGCUCGAUAUGUUCUGUAUUGGAUAUUUGAAUCUAAAACUAAUCUGGCUGAAGCUGCUAAUCAUAUGGAGAUUUGCGAGAUUUUGGGCACUUGUCGAUGGCAUAGAUGCGCCCGAAAACAUGAUUCGCUGCAUGAGCAAUAACUAUAGCGGCCUCGCGUUUUGGAGAUCAUGGCAUCGGUCUUUUAACCAGUGGAUUGUAAGGUACAUCUACAUUCCAUUGGGUGGCUCCCAGUAUGCUACUCUCAACAUUUGGGUUAUAUUUACUUUUGUCGCCAUAUGGCACGAUAGAACUUUAAGUCUUUUGGUUUGGGGCUGGCUAAUAUCCUUAUUUAUUGCUCCUGAGCUAAUCCUUGCAUAUUUGAGCAAAAUGUUAAAUGCGGAAUCGUGGAAUUCAUAUAGAAUUCAUGCUGGAAUUGCCGGGGCUUUUAAUUUAUAUCUUAUGAGCAUUGCAAAUCUUGUUGGGUUUUGCGUGGGAGUUGACGGGGUAAUGAUCAUUUUAAAAAGUGCCCUUUCUUAUGAUGGAGUUGUUUUUUUGUGUUGGUCUUUUAUUACGGCAUAUGCGGCUGUGCAGAUUAUGUUUGAAAUUAGAGAGCAAGAAUAUAGAUCCCUUGGAGUUAUGAAAAAUUACUAA